AUGUCAAAUCCUUGUUCUGUCUGUCUGCUUAAACUUGAACUGAAUUUUAAACGAUUUCAGGAGAAUCGCCUGUGUUUCUGGAAUUUCGAAUUAGUUGAAUCGGUAAAUAAUUUGGAUUAUGUUGGCUUUAUUAAACCAUCAACGUUAUUUGUUUCGUCAUCACAAGAACGAUAUCUACGAAUUCUUCGUUUAGCAUGGUCAAGGCGUUUAUUGAAACCUGCGAAAGGAUUUGCUAUAAUUUCGCUUGGUGAUGUUGGAGGAAUUCAGCUUCAUGAAGUCGAACAAAUGGAAUUUGUGCCACUUGCUGAUAUACUAUGCAAUGAAAUAGGGAAAUUAAAUCGCCUUGGCUUACCAGCAACAAUAAAUUCAUUGCAAAAUAUGAUUUUUAAAGAAUGUCCUCCGAUAGCAAAACCAACGAUUGAAAUUUUACGACAAACAAUAAAUAAAUUACUUGAAAGUGGCCUUAUAUAUUGCAUGGGAGAACAUUUUUUUGUAUCGGUGCCCAUUUCGAAUCCAUAUCAUACGACGACGAAAACUGGAAAUACACCAUUGAAAUCAACGAAACAAUGCCAAACGGGUAGCAGUAUUGUUGAUGCACCAAUUCACACUUCAUUAUUUCAUCACAAACGAUCGAACAAUAUCUCGAAAAAUAAAAAAGGUUCAUUUUAUUAUCUUUUACUGGAUAUUUCACCUACUUUAUUACCACUUACAAUUCGAGGUAACAUAUAUAACCUGAAGAUAAAAUCGAGAUCUCUCACUUCCUGCAGUUCUUGCCUGGUGUAA